CCUGGGCGGGGACAGGAGCUCGGCGCGUGGGUAGGAAGCAGCCGCGGCGGCUGUUGAGGGAAGAAAAUGGCGGCGGCCGCCGCGCAGCUCAGUGAUGAGGAGCUUUUCUUCGAGCUACGGCGACUCGGCUUCUCCCCAGGGCCGGUAACGGAAAGUACCCGGCCGGUCUACCUGAAAAAACUGAAGAAGCUUCGAGAGGAAGAAAGGACCGGAGGGGCCCGCGGCGCUGCCGCCCCUACCAAGACCCGGAACAGUAACAACAAUAACCCGGGGGCAGGAGGCGGCGGCGGCGGCUUCUUAGGCGUUAGGCUGGCUAACACCAAUCUUUCCCCUCUUGCUGGGACUGCGGGCGGCGGCCGGGCACGACCCACGGCCACGGCUGGGCUUUGGGAGCAGACUGAGGGCGGGCGGGAGUCUGGGGGCGGCGGCGGCGCAGAGGACGACGACGACGCCGAGGCGAAGGAGGAAGGAGAGGAAGAGCCGCCGCGGGAGCGGUGCAAGGCUCGGGCCGUGAACGGGAAUCGGUUCCUUGGCGGCGGCGGCGGCGGCCCGAUUAGGAGGGAGAAGUACUCUGACUCGGAAGAGGACGAGGAGACGCCGGUUACUGGGGCCAAGCCGCAGGGAUCGAAAGAGGAGGCGCUUGCUCGCCACUACUUGGCCAAGAAGAGCCUGAGCAAAUCCAUUGCCCCCUUCGCAGCACAUAAAUGUGCGGCAGGCGGCGGCGGUUUGAUGGAGACGGGGCAGGGUCCUGCCUUGGGCGGCGGCGGCGGCGGCGGCCUUUGCUUAGACGCCAGGCUGGCUGCUGCCACCGGUCGGGGGAAAAAUCUGGAGGAGGAGGAGGAGGAAGUGUCAGUGGCCAGAAGAGAUGGCGAUUAUCUCGACUCCAGCCCCCUCUACCCGAGAUACCGCUCCAGUUCUUCUAAGAAAGCUCAUCAGCUGGUAUUGCCGCCACCACUCACCGACUUGGACCCUAGCAAAAUGACCGAUUCCUUGGGUGGUCACAGAAAGCCAGCCAAUAAUCAUGUUCUCCCCGGUGCUGUUGGUGGCUACAGUACUGAACCGAGGAUAUAUACUGCUGCCAACAGCCUUUCUCCAGGUGCUACUGCUUCCACCUCCACUAGAAUUAAUCACUCCAACCACACAGGUUCCAACCAUAACUACCUGAAAAACACCUACAAACAGAAACUUUCAGAGCCGGAAGAGGAUCUUCUUCAGCAGUUCAAGAGAGAAGAAAUAUCCACUACAGGAGGCUUCAGUGCUCAUUACCUGUCUAUGUUCCUCUUAACUGCUGCUUGUUUGUUCUUUCUGAUACUGGGACUCACUUACCUAAGAAUGAGAGGUUCAGGAGUAGCUGAGCAUGUGGGAAUUGACAAUAAAGAUCAGGUUCCCUUACUUGAGAUGAAAGGAAAUGAAACAAUUCUCAUGAAUAGCUUAUACAUACUUCAUGAAAAGCUGGCACAAAUAGCAGGAGAUCAUGAAUGCGGCAACUCUGUCAACAAUGGUCUUUCCGUCCAGGAAGCAGCUUCAUAUUUAAAAAGUUUAGGUCCAGAAUAUGAAAACAUACUUAAUGACUCUCUGCAAUGGAUUCUAAAUAGUGGAGAAGAUGUUGGUAUAAAGUGUGUUGGCCGCAGUUUGGAUGAGGAAUCUAUAGCCAAUAUAAGUGAUGUAAAAUACCUAGUAUCGACUAGGCCACAGAUGUCUUUUACAUGUCGUUUUCGUCGUGCAUUUAUUAUUGUGACAUGUAGAUCAGUAUUUCUACUUUUAGGUGUAGGGAUGGUUUGGGCAGUCUUAAGGUAUAUGAAAUAUCGGUGGUCUAAGGAGGAAGAACAGACCAGACAGAUGUAUGAUAUGGUUGUAAAGAUCAUAGAUGUUUUAAGAACUCACAGUGAAGCAUGCCAAGAAAAUAAAGACCUGCAGCCAUAUAUGCCUAUUCCCCAUGUUCGAGAUUCUUUGAUUCCACCAGAAGACAGGAAAAAAAUGAAGAAAGUAUGGAAUAGAGCUGUUGACUUCCUUGCUGCUAAUGAAUCUAGAGUUCGCACAGAAACUCAAAGAAUAGGUGGUGCUGACUUCCUGGUUUGGAGAUGGGUACAGCCAUCUGCAUCAUGUGAUAAAAAGUUAGUCAUACCAUCUAAAGUAUGGCAAGGGCAAGCAUUUCAUCUGGACAGAAGAAAUUCUCCACCAAAUAGCUUGACACCAUGCUUAAAGAUCCGCAAUAUGUUUGAUCCAGUUAUGGAAAUAGGUGACCACUGGCACUUGGCAAUUCAAGAAGCAAUCUUGGAAAAGUGCAGUGAUAAUGAGGGAAUUGUUCACAUAGCAGUAGACAAAAAUUCACGAGAGGGUUGUGUGUAUGUCAAGUGUUUGUCUCCAGAAUAUGCUGGAAAGGCUUUUAAAGCAUUACAUGGGUCUUGGUUUGAUGGCAAACUUGUAACAGUAAAGUAUCUACGGCUAGAUCGAUAUCAUCAUCGUUUUCCCCAAGCUAUUUCUUGCAAUAUUCCAUUGAAGCCAUCUAGUACACACAUGAACUCGAUGUCACAUCUUCGUCUCCGGACAGGCACAACUAACUCUCAGGGGAACUCCUGAGACAUUUUAUUGCUAUUAGAACUGUUGACCUGCAGCAGGAGCAUUUCCUGUCUGACCCUGUCUUCCACUUUUACUACUUUUGUAUGUUAACAGUUUCAUUAAUCAACGUUCCAGAGGCCUCACUUUUUUGGAUGUCUGAGCAAUGAGGCUGUAAUAGUGAGUAAAAGGAACAGUUGCUCUGUAUGUAAAGUAUUUUGGAGCUCAACUGAACCAACACUUUUUAAGUUUUGCAUGACAUAUGUUGAAUUUAUUAAACAUUCUCAGAUGUGGCUGUAUUUUUGCACCAACAAGUGUUUGAUAACAGUCUAAAAGCAUGGAGAAGUACUGUAUUUCCAUAGUUUCCUGUGAAAUAAUAUUGUGGGUAUUUUGUAACAAAACCACCUACAGUUUCUGAUGGAAAGUGAGUAGAAAUGUUAGUUCAUGUCUGGGUUUCUGUUUAUGUUGCUGUAAAAGCUUCAUCUGUGUCAGCCUAGAGAUGGAGAAGAACUUCUUGUGUUAGAGAGGGAAAACCAACUGAAUGCAGAUGUACCAGUUUAGUAUAUAAAUGUAGUUGGUGGCAGCAGCGGCAGCAGCAGCAAAAGUAAUCUUGUUUUGUGAGGAUGUUUGCAUUAAAGCAGCAAAUAAGCUUCCUAUUUUAUUCAUAACCUAAUGUUUUAUAUAUUUUGGCUGUACCAAUACAUAAAGGCCAAACAACCUUGAAGUAUUAGAUAUACAUUAAAUAUCUUUUUUUUAGGUUUUAUAUUAAAAUACACAGUUAUGAUUUUUGUGUGAAUGGAUUCAUAUUAUAACUGUGAUAAUGGAUUCAAAUUUAUGUGAGCAAUAAAAAAGCAAUUGGCAGGUACUCAAACACUUUGUGAAAAGUUUCAUUACAAAAGUAAGGCUCUGAUAAUAUACCACUGGGGAAUUUACUGUCCUGUAGAUACGGUGCCUAAGUAUGUGUGUAAAACUAAACAGAUGCACAUUGUGUGGAAAGAAAACAUUGAUGAGAGCUGGGAAAUGCAGUACAUUUACAUGAAGACUUGUUUAUGUUCAAUAUUAAAAUUUGUGCAUUGUUUACACCUAAAACUGCGAGUUACUGAAAAUAUUAAAAAAUUGGAUACAGAAGUUCCUGCUGAAGCAGCAUAACGGUCAGUCCAGCUGGAUACUGUAUGAAUGAAGAGAUGGGAAACCAAUCAUUUGAAAGUACAUCUAUUAAAGCCCAGUUUUAUUGUAGAUAUGGAUCUGCAGCAUGAUAUUGCACAAAUAAUGCACGUUUUCUUAUGGUUAAGUGAACAUGAUGCACACUUCUGUAAUGGAAAAUCCUAUUGUGCCUUAACUUUGUGCUUUCUAUUUGUGGGCAACAUGUUUAAUAAUGGACAGUUUCUUAUCUGGAAAAAUCUGUUUUAUGUCCUGGAUGCUAACAAACAAGUAUGUGUAAUAUAAUCAGUCAUGCAAAAUUCUACUCACCAAGAAACAAGUACAUAUUUUUGACAAGCGAGUAGAUUUUUGUCAAAUCUGGUAGAUUUUUUUCAUGAGAUUUACUAUACAUAUACAAAUAUGUAUAAUAUACAUGUAUAUGUAUUUAUAUGUAUAUAAUCAGAUUUUGCUGUAUUUGUGCAUCAUAGUGAUUUAUUGACCUGAUCUUAGUAACCAUCUUGUGACUUGUUGCAAGUGUGAAUGUAAAAUUUAGUUGUGGCAGUUUAAAAGGUUGCCUUUUGAUGCAGAUGCAUCUUUCUUGCUUCUAAACUAUUUGUAAAGACUGUACAUUUAUUAUGGUAAUCUGUACUAUUUUGCAGCUUAUUUUACCUUUAAAAUGUUGACCAAUAUUCCUCCCUGCAAGACAGAUGGGAAUGUGUAUAAUACCUUGGACAUUUGAGAAAAUCAGAUGUUUGUAAUUUGUCAUUUGUCCUGUAAAAACAAAAAGCAAAGCAAAACAAAACUAAUUAAAGAUUUAUUAGGGCUUUUUA